AUGAUUCUCAGAAGCAGUGUCGCUCAGCUUCAUCAUCAUCACCAGUCUAAUCAACCAUCUCGUGUUCUUCCGCGAAAAUCUUCUUCAGAAAACAAUCGCAUCAAGCUCCCUAUCUCUCCACACACCCUCUCUUUAUCUUACUCUGAUGUUCAAUUGAAACAUUGGGGUUCCAGAUUAGUGGUUCAUAGACGUGUAUCUGGAGAGUUUUCUGAUGGAAUUAUCGAUCAGGAUGAACAUGAACCUCCAAAUUAUGCACAAAUCUCACCUCAGAGACUUGAACACACGACAUCUUUUGUGGAAACUCUAAAGAAAGCCAACUUUGUAUUGCCUCAAGUAGUUCUUGCUACUACAAUAUUGGUUCUUAUCUUUCCACCAUCUUUCAAUAGCAGGUAUUAUGUCCAGGGUUUAUGUUUCUUGAUGUUUGGAGUCGGACUUAAUUCAAGUGAAAAAGAUUUUAUUGAAGCUUUCAGUAGGCCACAAGCUUUUUUUGCACGUUAUCUUGCUCAAUUUGUUCAAAAACCAUUCGUUGGUUAUCUUUUUGGAACAUUGGUCAUGACAAUCUGUGGCUUUCCAACUUCCUUAAGUGCUGGGAUUAUGCUAACGUCUUGCGUUAGUGGGGCCCAACUCUCGAAAUAUGCCACUUUUCUAAUGGACCCCACAAUGGCUCCACUAAGCAUUGUUGUGACGUCAUUAUCUACAGCUAUUUCUGUUUCUGUCACCCCACUUAUAACCCUUUUACUGAUUGGAGAGAAAUCGCCUGUUGAUCUCAAACAAAUGGUUUCCAAUAUUUUGAAGAUUGUAAUUUCACCUCUUGCUUCUGGCUUGCUUCUUAAUAGAUAUUUGCCAAGAAUGUCUAGCACCAUUCGACUUUUUUUACCACUUUUAUCAGUUCUAGUGACUUCACUAUGUAUCGUAUCUCCCAUUGCUAUUAACAUAUACUCUAUUUCAUCGUCUUUUGAGAUAACACUUUUGGUGAUUUUUAUCGUGCAUCAUUUAUCAGCAUUUGUCCUCACAAAUGCAUUUUUGAUGGCAUUGUUUUCCACAAUUCACCUAAUGUCAAACCACUUCAGAGACAGCUAUCUUACAAAACAGUUUGGUAGAGAUGAAGGGAGGAGGAAAUCUUGAUGCAACACCUUAUCGUUUUAAAUGGGGGUGGUGGUGGAGGUGGAUGGAAAAGGAGGCGGGACCCUUGUAUUUAGUGCUAAUUUAAUAUUGUGUAAUAUAGAAAAAACAGAUAAAAGAUAAAAGAAAAAGGGAUUUAAAAGUCAUUUUACAUGAUCAAUGACCACCAUUAUUUACAUAAAACUGGAAUAGUUACAUAACAAAUAAUCAAAAAAACAUAAGAGUAAAGCCAUAUAUUACCCACCAAAUGGGGAGCAACUUCAUUCUAUCCAACUUUUUCCCAAAAUUACCCCUGAAAUUAAACCACUCAAAAGCCUGUGUGAUGAUAAGAUUCGUUGUUCUUGUUGAAACCAUUUUUUUUUUGUCUAAUGUAAGUAACUAAUAUUUUAAAUAUUAUUAAAAAGAUAUAUAAUCAUAAUAACAGUAUUGUGUGAUAAUCACAAAAUGAUCUCGUAUCGAUACAGAAAUUUCGAAA